CUCAGCCCCGCGUCCGCAUUCUGCCCGCGGGUGCCGGUGGCGGGUGCCGGUGGCGGUCGGGCGGGGAAGCAGCGCGCCUGUGCAGUGCCGGAGGGGGGGCCCGGGCCCGGGCCCAGCCCGCCGCAUUACACAACCAGCCGGCCCCACAGCCGAGUUUCACAAGUCCCGCAGCGACUGCCCGCAGCCCGCGGCCCCCGUGCGCCCACCCCUGCGCUGCGCAUUGCCGGCACUGCCCCCCGCCCUCCCCGCGCUCAUGCCAUGUCACCGCCGGGCAGCGGGACCCCGCGGCGAGCGGUAACCCCUGUCGCCGGCGGGGCACCGCGCCGGGGCUGGGCAUGCCACUGAGAGCGGCUCCACGACACCCAUCUUCCUAGACGGAUUAAUUUUUCUCCGUCUCUAUUUACAUGGUGAUAAGAAGUGAUAAUCCCAUUCUGUCAGUCUGGACUGAUGAAUCUGAGAAAUAGAACAGAGUCCUGUGUUGUGUAAACGAGCUGAUGGAUGAAGAUGAGAAGGACAGGGCAAAGAGGGCAUCACGCAACAAAUCUGAGAAAAAGAGGAGAGACCAGUUCAAUGUCCUCAUUAAAGAGCUUUGCACGAUGCUGCAGGGCCAUGGCCACUCUCUCAAGAUGGACAAGUCCACUAUACUGCAAAGGACCAUUGACUUCCUACAGAAACAGAAAGAAAUCACAGCACAGACAGAAGCCUGUCAGAUUAGACAAGACUGGAAGCCUUCAUUUCUUAGCAACGAGGAGUUCACCCAGCUGAUGUUAGAGGCACUAGAUGGCUUUCUCAUUGCUCUUACCACUGAUGGGAUUAUUAUUUAUGUAUCUGAUAGUGUUUCGUCUCUGCUAGGACACUUACCGUCAGAUUUGGUGGACCAAAAUAUAUUAAACUUUCUGCCUGACGGGGAGCAGAGCGAGGUGUACAAGCUCCUUUCUCCACAUGUGCUCAUGACAGAUCAUGUUGCAGCUGAUUUUCUAAAUGCGGAAAAACAAAUAGAGUUCUGUUGCCAUUUAGCAAGAGGCAGCUUAGAUCCAAAUGAGCCCCUGAUGUAUGAAUAUGUGAAAUUUGUAGUGGAUUUUAAAUAUUUUACUCAUGUGCCUACACCCUCCUGUAAUGGCUUUGAGUCUGCUAUUGCACGAGCUUUCAGGUCAGCCACGGAGGAGCAGAUUUGCCUGGUAGCAACUGUUCGUCUUGUCACGCCGCAGUUCUUAAAGGAGCUCUGCAAUGUUGAAGAGCCAUGUGAAGAAUUUACAUCAAGGCAUAGUUUAGAAUGGAAGUUUUUAUUUUUGGACCACAGGGCUCCACCUAUUAUAGGAUAUUUACCGUUUGAAGUUCUGGGAACGUCCGGGUAUGAUUACUACCAUGCAGAUGACCUGGAGCUUCUUGCUAGGUGCCAUGAACACUUGAUGCAGUUUGGAAAAGGAAAGUCCUGUUACUAUCGGUUCCUGACCAAAGGGCAGCAGUGGAUAUGGCUGCAGACACACUACUACAUCACCUACCACCAGUGGAACUCCAAACCCGAGUUCAUCGUUUGCACUCACCUGGUAGUUAGUUAUGCAGAAGUUCGGGCUGAGAGAAGGCGAGAUCUUGGUCUCGAAGAGUCAUCAAUUGAACUGGCAUCAUCCUCUCUAAAGAGCCACAGCAGCUACCUGGAUGUGAGGCAGUGUGGCAGCAGCCAAGACGCUAGCCGGGAAGGACUGUCGCUGUCGUCACACAGCUCCCGACGCUCCUCGCACACCACCCUGUCCGACUCCACCUCCACGUCAUCCAUGCGGCACACGGACACCAGCACUCCCACCCGGCCAUCGGUGCUGGGGGCUCCGGUGGAGAAGGCAGCCCUGCGGCUGGCAGCAGUCGGGAGUGCUCAGGCAGUGUACCAUUUCCCCACCCAGCUGGGGAUGAUGCAUCAGCUGAAAGAGCAGCUGGAGGAGAGGACUCGCAUACUGCAAGCUGACAUCAAAACGCAGCAAGAGGAGCUCCAUGUCAUCAAGGAGCAGCUUCAGCUCGUGCAGGACUCCAACCUGCAGAUGCUGAUGCAGCAGCCAAUACCUGUCGUCUUUAACACUGUGCAGCAGCCGAGCCCCCAGAGGCUGCCAUCACAGGGGACACCCAGGCAGGCCACAGCCAAGAAGUCACAGCAGACAGGCCUAAUGGGGAUGAAGCACUACUGCAGCACCCACCUGCUAUCACCACACCCAUUCCUCAGGGACGCCUGUGGCACAGCCCCCCAGGUACAGCAGCAGAAGCAGCAGCACCCAAUCAGAGGAAGCCAAGGCCAGCAAAUGUGUGUGCCAGAGCAGACAAGCAUUUCAGUGCCCUUCUACAACAACCCCAUGGUGUUUUCCCAAGCACAACCCAUCACCAUGGCUGCACAGGUGCCGACUGACAGCAGCGAGAGACAAUCACCAGCUGACUACAGCCAUGAAAGGAGCCUCAGGAUGCUGUUGGAUCAGUCCAUCCAAGCCAUGAUGCCCACAGCCAACAGCAGUUGUCAGCCUGUGCUGAGCAGUGCCAGUGGGCAGCAAGGAAAGUUUGGUGCAGAGCAGCAGACCCUGCCUCUCCCAGCACAGGUGCAGCCAGUCACCUGCAGCACCAUCCGACCUCCAGCCCCACCGCCCAUCUUCCCCCCGUCUCUAAUGAUCCCACACGCCAGCUUCACAUCCCACCAAGCCAACACAUCAGUUCAUCUGCACCAGUGGCCACAGCAGCAGGUUCAGCAGCAUCGCCUCUACCUUCAGAUGCAAGGUCCUGAGCUGGUGGUGCCUGGGGCUCCAACACAACGCAUUUUCCAGCCUCCUCGCAUCCCGCAGCAGAACCCCUUGAGCUACUUCCUUCCCUCACAGCAGCAGAGCCACCACACACAGGGCCAGCCCUGCAACCUGCCCGACCUGCCUGAGAUGCAGCUGCCCUGAAAGUUGGUUCUGGGAGACAGGGACCACAUGGCUGCAGCCACUGCGCCCAUUCGCACACAGGAGAGCACGACGCCAUCAGAGCACGGCACGAGACAGCUCGGGCUCCAUGGGGAGGUGGUGGCUGGAGGGAUGAUCUCUGACAGGGAUGCAUGGCUGCACGGGUGUUGUUUGUUGGGAUUUCCAUGCAGCCAGUCCAUGAUGCUGUUCUGGCAGCAGGGUGUGCCCUGGCCCAGCACUGUGGUGCCACUGUGGUGGAUUUCUUGCUGCAGGGAGGUGAGGUAUCAGGUCAUCAUGAAGCUUGGUUUGCAAUGGAAAAAAACCCUUUUCCAUUCAGGACUUCAGUGGUGAAAGUCACUGUGAAUUUAAGCCCAGCAUUGGGAGCACAUCGACUAUACCAGUCUGCAGGACACCAUUGGAUUACCAUGUACAACUCAUUUUGCUGUAGUAGGUCCCCUGUCAAUUAUUUUUCCUUUUUCUAUACCUCAGUCCCGCAGGUUUUUUUUUUCCAGGAGUUUGGAUAAUGCUGCUAAUUUACAUAAUACCACUUUUGCCUGUAUUUCUUACUGUUGUUAUACCAGCUCACAUCGCAGCUAGUACAAUAUUUGUCAUGUUCUAAUUUUGGUUAACAAGUGAAGAUAAAUUUGUAUGGUUUUUACUCCCUGUAGCCAAAUACUUUUCAGGUUACAGACAAAGAAUCUGUACUCUUUUUUUUUUUUUGUCUGUUUGUUUCAAAUGAUGUAGUUGUAUAUGUUUCUAUUCAUAAAAACAAACAAAUGUGCAUAGAACAGCGUAUGACAGCAAACUUUGUGGUUUUGCUAAGUCAUGUUUCAGUUUGGCGAACCCAAAAUGUAUAAUCACAGCACACAAUGUUACAAGCCCAUAGGGUCAGCAAUAAAUUGUAUUUUUGUAAAUUUUCACUUUUUAACUGCAGGUUUAUAAUUAUGAAUUGAAAAACCAGUUUAUUCCUCAGUGGGUGUAUAGUUAAGUCUCCCUACUGUUUUUGUCUUUCCAAAGGAAAAAUUAAAAAGUACAUUUUUGAAGGGUUAGUAGCUGAGUACUAAUUUUGGGCAUUGUUAGAACCCAAACAUAGUUGGGUUUGGUCAUUACUAUAAACUUUGCAAGGCAGUGGUUAGUUAGGACCAGGUCCAUCUAGCAGUAAAGCUCCACCUUGCAGAUAGAGUAAGGUUUAGAGAGGAGUUAGUUCCUAGUGUUUAGUUUGUUUAGUUCCUAAUGUCUGUUGAAAUCAAGCAAAGAAUGCUUGGUUUUGCCUUUGGGUUUUUUUUGUUUGUUUGUUUGUUUUUUGUUUGUUUUUUGUUUUUUUUUUUGUUUUUUUUUUUUGUUAUUGUUGUGGUUUUGGUUUUUUUUAAUGGUAUUCUGGGGUUUUUUUUUCUCCCUUCUUUUCCUUCUGCACGCCACUUUCUGGGCCCCUUGCAGCACUGCAGCAGCUGGUGUUCCUGAUGUUACUGGUGGAGCAGCUUUUGGCACAAGCAGCUGCGAGCAGCCCUGUGUUUGAAGAAAUGGGCACAGCAAGGCUCCUCCAGUUCUGGUACACCAGCGGCUGUUUCCCAGCAGUUCUUCCUGGGGAAGGGGAUGGGGUUCUGAUGUGCCACAUUGUCGGGGGGCAGUGGCAUGGGGGGACAGGCUGCUGGAGCUGGGGUCAGCCAGGAGCUUUCCGGGACUGAUGCAAGGCCCUAGGGUGCUUUGGUGUUUUGGCCAGGGCAGAGGUCUAUAUGUGAAUAAAAGCUGUGCCAGCCCCUGGCUAUUCAUGGGUCCCCUUCCUUGGGCAAAAGCAGCUGGACAGGUUAAUUUUGACUGGGACAUUGAAUGCACAGCUGCCAGGGGUACUAGACAUGAUGGAUCAUUGAUUGCACAGCUGGCCACAUGGCAACAUUUUGGGGAAUGUAGUUGGCCACAGAAUGGAGGCAAUGAGAUGCCCGACAGCCUGGUGUCCAAUAUUGAGGCUCAUGCCUUCUCAGUACAGUCCCUGGCUGGGCCCCAGCUCACACAGCACAUGGAGCCCCUGCAUGCUGAGCAGCCAAGUAGUGGCUCUUGGACACAGUCCGAGCUAGCCCCCUCCCUUUCAAACCAUGACAAGAAAUGGUGGCUACAGCAGAGCCAUGUGCCAGGCACAUCUCACUCCUGGUAGUGAGAUUUGAAACACCUGCCUUUGUGGGGUGGUCUGGAGCUGAAAUAACACCUGGGGCUUUCCUGUUCUGCAGGUUUGUUCUGCAGUAAGGGCCAGCACAGAGUCUUCAGGGUAGGAAACUUUUGUUUUUAAAGCACUAUUAGUUUUAGGGUCUCCCUCUCCCCAUUCUAAGGCAGCAGGGUUGCUCAUGAGAAUGCAGUAGGAGGGGAUUUUAUUUUUGAGAGUUGUUUGUGGGAUUUUUUUUCCACUAUAGCCUUGGCACAUAACGUCAAAGGGGAGGCAAACACAUGUAUGUGUGUUAGGGCUCCAGCAUUGCAGUUUGUGGCUCAAGGUAGCUGUGCUUUCCCUGGUUUCCCCAUUACACCUCCAUCACUCCAACACAUCCCCAUGGUUGGACUGCAGUGUCCCAUCACCACACAGCCCAGCCAUGGCAGGUGGCAAUCAAAUGGACAUCAGAGGUGGUGGUUGUUGGGGUCCGGGGCUUGAGGGGUAUAUUUUUUUAAUGGGGCUUGGUAGGGAGGUAUCUGAGCCAGAGCAUUCUGGCAUUGCUGUGGCUUUGACAGUGAGUACAAAAAGUAGUGUUAGGAAGGGUUCCGGGUUAUGUGGGGGGUGGUGGGUGCACCGGACAGGGCCAUGCCCUGGGCUGUUGGCAGCAGGGACAGAAGGCUCGGGCCAUGGCCCCUGCUCACAGCUCCCUGUGGGAAACAAGGAGGUUGGUGAGGAUGUUUACAUGUUAGAUCAGCCUUGCUAAAACCAGAGACCUAAAAAUGCAGUUUAUCAAUGUGCCCCCCCACCUUAUUCUCAGAGCCCCCCCAGCUGCUGGCCUCGGUGCUGGUGGGUGGGGGCUGCACAGUCCCAGGCACUGCCUCACAGGUAGGGCGUUGUUUUCUCAACAUUCUCCAAAGGACAAAAUCCCACCGACCUUUUCUGGGGCUUACUUGGUCUUUGCUCAGUCUGCCUCCAGCCAAGGGCAAGGCUGAGUCAGGGCCAGGGGGUUUUGCCUUAUAUUGUCACUCUCAAAAAACCAGAUGGAUAAAAAUCGCUUUAUUCAGGUUGAUUUGUAUUUGUUUACCUCGGUGUUAGCUAUGACCUGUGUUUUUAUGACUCAUUUGGAAUUGAGGGUUGCUGGUGGGUUUGGCUCACGCCCCCAGGCACCUACAAGAAAAUGUAUGUGUGACUUGGUGAUGAGCAGAGAUCAGGGACGUAACUGAUGGCAGCAGGGCUGGCCUCCGCUGUCCGUGUUGACCUAUCUGUCAUAAAUGUUCGGAGGUUUUCUACCACACAAGUACCUAUAUACUAUAAUUAUAUAUAAAUAUACAUAUUUUAAUAUACAUUUAUAUGUAUGCAGAUGUAUAUGUAUAUCUAUAUAUAAAUAUAUAUAGGGCAUACAAUUCCAGACCUCUGAAAACACAGGCAGCUUUAAAUAAUAAAGUCUUGCACUUUCAGCAUAUUUGUAAAAAUAAGCUAAAGCCUGGUGGGUAUAAUCAGGCUGAUUUGACAAACACAAUGAGACAUUACUGUACAUACUGUAUAUAGUCCAUGCAAGAAAAAGAAAAGAAAAUAUGAAGAAGUCUAGAAUUGAGUAUAAAUCUUGGUUUAUUUUAUAUGAUGUUGAAUAUAAAUACAUUUAUAAAUGUUACUAUUCUUAAAAGUAUUUUGUAAUGGGAAAAAGUAAGUGUCUUAUGAAAAUGAACAGUAAAGAUUUUAUUCUUGUUUUGCAUCUAUUGAAUAGGAGCUCCAUUGAAUAGGAGUCCAUGGAUUUUGACAAGCUUUAAACAGAUUGUACAUAGUAUUAAUUAAAAAAAAAAAAAAGAAAUAAAAUAAUACUUGUAGGACCUCUUA